UGUGGGCCUGUGGCGCUUCCCGCUGUCCCUGUGGGGAGGGUUGACCGCGUGGGCUAGCACGGCGUGUCUCCUCGGGGCUUGGCGUUCCUGGCCGCCGGCUGCGCCUGCCUCUGGGGGGGCUCCCAGGGCUCUGGGGGAGCCUGCUGGCCGCGCGUGGUCCUAUGAAUUCCAAAAUGAAACAGAAACUGAACGUGGAAAAAUCAUCAAGUUCCUUGCAGGAGUACCUGACAGACACCACAUGCAGUGCUGCCCCAAGACAGACUCUUAAAAUGAUUCAGCCUUCAGCAUCAGGUUGCCUGGUUGGCAGACGUAAUGAGAAGAAAUCUUUAGUCAAAAGGAAACUCUGGAAUAAUAAGUCUGCCUUAAAGGCUUGUAAAGCUGAGGUGUCUGUGGACAAGGAGCAAGAAAAUGAGAAUAUGAAUGAUGUCAUUCAAGCAGUAGAUCUCAUGAUAAAAGGAAGUCCUUCGUCUCAGUAUUGGAAAGAAGUGGCUGAAGAAAGGAGGAAGGCUCUGUAUGAAGUGCUUCAAGAAAAUGAAAAGUUGCACAAAGAAAUCGAACAGAAAGAUGGUGAAAUCGCCCGCCUAAAAGAAGAAAACGAAGAGCUAAUGUCCCUCGCUGAACAUGUACAUUAUAUGACCAGCAUGAUUGAGAGGCUAACUGGGCAAGCACCUGACAAUUUUGAGACACCAAAAAGUCUGUGUCUAGAGGAAUCCAAACAAGAAAAUGAAGAGCUUAACUGUGGAGAUGAUGCAGACAGCACUUCUGAAGAAAGACCAUCAGGAGUAUCAUGUGGCUUAAGGGAGAGUAUAUCAGAUCUUGCUUCAAAGGAAGCAAAUCACUUGCAACUGGAAUGACAACCUUUAAACAGGCUUGUGUGUGGCUUUUAAUUGCAGACUUCCUUUUGAAAGGAUAUACUAAAGCUUCUCAGGUAUAGAAACUCUUGCAGAAGCAUAACAGAUGUUGGUUUUUAGCAGUGGGACUAUCUGGGUACUGCAUAGAAAGCUUAAUGCAGGCUGCACUUAAUUGCUUGUAUAAAAUGCAAAUACCGUGUAUUUCAAACCGUGUAAAUAUCAGUUGGUCUGACAUGAUACAUGGAAAUUGAUAAAUAAAUCUUUGCCUUAUCAAAA